UUUCAAUACAAAUUUUUCUUUCAUUAUAAGGUAUCCGAAAAAAUUGAAGCACCAUUAAUCGCUGAAACGAAUUGUGAAUCGAGUCGUUUUAUCGCAUCAGGACGAGAAGAUAUUGACGUUAGAAUGUUGGGAUAUGGUAGACCGUUUGCAGUACAGUUAAUAAAUCCUCGGUUAACAAAAAACUUUCAUGGAUCUUUACUUAACGAUACUCUUAAACGCUUAACGGUGGAAAUUAACAAAGACAAGGACAUACGACUUCCAUGCAAUUUACAAAAAAUAAAUGACAAGGAACUAAACAUCUUAAAAGUAGGCCAAGAUGAAAAACGAAAAUGUUACACUGCGUAUUGUUAUUAUACGCAAAAAUUAUGCGUCGAUUUAAUGGAAAAUCUUCAGUGCAAAACUCCUUUCCAAAUUAUUCAAAAAACACCUGUUCGAGUUUUAAGGAGGCGUCCAUUACUUGACAGGAUUCGUACAAUUUAUAAUUUGCAUUUGCUUAUGUUGGACGAUUUCCACUUUUUGAUGAGGAUCGAGACCCAAGCAGGAACAUAUGUAAAAGAAUUCGUUCAUGGUGAUUUUGGUCGGACGAGACCAUCACUUGCUGAACUUUUGAAAGUGGAAAGUGGUGAAAUGGAUAUUUUGCAACUGGAUGUUGAGAAGGUCGAUAUGGAAUGGCCUCCACGAAUUAAUUUGUUAGAUUAA